UUUAAAUGCAAGUCGAAAGUUCAUUCACCCGUUCCCAGACCUCUUCCUCAACCGUUGGAGGAAACAUUACCACUGUUCAGAAGAAAACAGAAGACUUAGAACACCGGCCUCUCCUUCAGAGGAAAUGACUGACAACAAGGAGAAAUGCUGUAAAAAGAGAAUAGAACGAUGGCAAUUAGUGGUGAUCGUGGGCUUCUGUGUCUACAUGUUUGCAUUCUCCUGGAUCCGGAGCCUCAAUAAUUUUGGUACUACGACAUUUCAAAGCCCCCUUCCCAGUGGUUACUCAGUUCCAGAUCUAGUUCUGGAUCCAGACCCAGAUCCAGUUCAAGCUCCAGAUACAGCUCCAGCUGCAGUUCAAGAUCCAGUUCCAGUUCCAGUUCAAACAGAGCAAGCCCCAAAGGACAACGUUUUCAAGAAGAGAGAUCCAGAUCCAGUUCCAGUUCCAGUUCAAACAGAGCAAGCACCAAAGGACAACGUUUUCAAGAAGAGAGAUCCAGAUCCAGUUCCAGUUCCAGUUGAAACAGAGCAAGCCCCAAAGGACAACGUUUCCAAGAAGAGAGAUCCAGAUCCAGUUCCUGUUCCAGUUCAACCCCAGCGUGUCCCUGAGGAAGACAUUUUCGCGAUGAACUUCUCACUCUCAAGUGCUGAUAAGUUUUCGUUCCCAAUCCAGCAUCGUUACUUCCUCCGGCAGUGCUACGCUUACAAAAGCCUCACGCCAAGAUUCACCUGCACCGACACUCUCUCUUUUAGAAAGUACUCAGCCAAGGCCAUUGUGGAAUGCGCUUGGGAUCUCUGGGAAGUCUGGAGGAACAAAAACCAGCCAAAUCCUUGGAAGAGACGUGGUUCCUCCUCAUCCUCACCAUCAGCUUCUUCGGGUGUGGUGGCCAUUUCCAAGAGGCCCUCGGUGCACCUCGUCUUCUUGGGAGAUUCCCACAUCAGAAAUCUCUUUCAAGUCUUCUUCAGGCGUCUAGUUGUCAAUCGUCGGGUGAUGUACCGCAGUUCCGAAAUGAAAAAGGAUCAAUGGACGUAUCUUAACUAUAACGAUAUAGUUUGGAAAAGAAAGAAACACGUGCCAAUGCAUGAGCUUCUUCACUUGGAUGCCCCACUGAGGGUUACAUUCUACUGGGAUCCUUUCCUUGUUCUCUCUCCAAAAUUUCUAUCCUCCUGGAUGUCUGGUAAAGAGAGUAAACCUACCUACUUAAUCACUGCAGGCACAGCGAUGCAUUUUAUGAGGGCUACAGGGUCCACCUACUUAUCCAAAGGUGCUGAGGCUUCCUCCAGGAGAUUUUUUAAUCGGCUGAAGGAGGUGUCUCCUCUGCUGGCAAAGUUUUCAAAGACCACACCAGUCAUCUUCAAGCUCCAGGAUCAUUUGAAGAAUGACAGGAGCUUCAAAAUCUAUAACCAGAGGCUUGUCGAUCAUUACAACCGAAUCUCCUAUGACCUGCUGGCAAAGAGUUCCAACUUCACCAUGUGGGACAGCACCAUCCCUCUGUCAGACCUCUACUGGGAUGGCUGCCGCUUAGUAGGCUCAGUCUACAAAGACACCGAUGCCUGGAAUUGCAACGAUAAGGGCCAUCUGGGAUUCGUAGUAAUAGAUCAGUUUCUCGACAUGUUUUUAAAUGGUAUUUGCUGCUGUUCCAAAAAUAAAGGCUCCUAGAUUUAUAACUGGACCACAAAUGUCAUAGUAUAUCAAUAUCUACGAGGAUUGACUGUCAUGAUUUACAAUAAGAGAAGGAGGAUUUAGCAGUUAGUACACAGAAAAUGGAAAACUAUAACAGGCUUGGAAUAUCACCAACUGAGGGACGUAUAGGACUUACCAGAUAAUCUGUUGCAGCUAAAUAUUAUUUCCCUGUCCCCGUCUUUGACUGUACUGAUGGUAAGAGAAGAUGGCGUUAACCAGACGUACGCUGUCAUGGUUUCAUUCACUUCAUUUGAACUCAUGUGAGGCUUGUUUCCUUUUGUAUUAAGUUCUCUGGCCUUUGGGAUCAGGCAUUUAACCAUUUCUCAGUCAAAUAGAGUAGAAUAUACAAUUUAGGCCAAACGCCAAGAACUGGGACCUAUGGGAAAAUUGAGAGUAAAACUUACAAAAGUAUAAUACUACCCCCUGCAGAGAUUCUUCACUCGAACACUGAUAAAUUUCGACUUCCAGCGACACUUCCUCGUUCCUUUGACAAGUUCUCACUGAAAAUUCUGUUGGUCACCAACAACACUCCAACUACUAGGUUUUCUAGGUCAUGAAUACCAUCUCUAGGGUUCCACUUGGGUGAAACUUAUCCUUCUUCCAACUUCUACACUUAUUUGCUUCUUUCUGGGAAACCCUCUCCGAAUGAUCCAGUUCCUACCACAGUGGAAAGGGAGAGAAGGAGGUCCUGAGAGCAGGAACAAAUGAUCCAACUCAGAAAUCAGAAUAUACAAUUUAGGCUGAAGGCCAAGCGCUGGGACCUGUGAGGUCAUUCAGCACUGAAAGGGGAAAAUGACAGAAAGAAGGUUAGAGAGCUGUAACAGGAGAACCUCUCACUUGUACUAUGAAACAAUUGUUAGAGAAGGUGGAAAGUCUGACGAAAGGAAGAAUAUGAACGGAUGUACAGCAACAGGAAUGAAAUAGAUUGCAGCUACCUAAAGGGUGAAGAAUAGUACUACUACUACUACUACUACUCUAAAGGGCGAAGUGACACUGCAAAGACCCUUAAGUAAUUGCAGCACGUGAGGUGCAUUCUCUGAGUUUGAUUUGUUUCAGAUGUGGGUAAAGAAAGCCUAUAUUCGAAACCGAAAUAAGCUGAGCGCACAUACUCUUAACAAAAGACAAGCGUCAAAUGAACCAAGUAAGUCACUGCUAAAACAGCUCUAAAAGAAAACAUAGACUUCAACGAAAACGGAAACAAAUAUAUUUUGCUGGCCUUUCUAAAACAUUCUCUCUCUCCAAAAUAUGACAAGAAAUGGGAGCCAAUGCUGAUGUUUUCUGUAUGAUUAUUCUGAGUUUGAACUUUUUCAGUUAUCUUCUAUAUUUUAUCCUCUACGUUAUGGCCUCUAUACUAUUCUCAAUUAUAGCCUCUGUACUUCCCUUCAGUACUACAAUCUGAAUACUAUAGCAUUUAGGCUCUAUACUAUAGCCUCUGUAUAUAGCUUCUGCACAACAGUCUCUAUACUAUAGCCUCUGUAUAUAGAUUCUGCACUACAGUAUCUAUACUAUAGCCUUUGUAUAUAGCUUCUGAACUACAAUCUCUAUCCUCUAGCCUUUAUAUUAUAGACUUUGUACUUACAUUCUGUACUAAAAUCUCGCUAGUAUAGCCUCUAUACAGUUUCUGCAUUACAACCUUUAUAUUAUAGCCUCUGUACUUAGCUUCUACACUACAAUCUCUAUACUCUAUCCUCUAUAUUGUAGCCACUGUACUUGGCUUCUGUACAACAAUCCCUAAAAUAUAGCCUCUAUACUCUAGUGCAGGGGUUCCCACCCUGUGCUACAUGUACCCCCAGUGGUACAUUUGUACACUUCAGGGGUACAUUGUAUCUGAGAGAAUAGCCAGUACUGCGCAAUACAUGAUGUAAUCUGCACUGAGAGUGCACAAUGUCAUGUCUUCUUUUUUAUUUCCUCAUUUUAGUAAGCAAAGCUUUUUCUUGAGUGAUAUCAAGAGUAGGGUGAAUACCAUUUGUUUCACACUGUUAUGGAACUUCCCGCAGCUGUAAUCUGAAAAGAUGUGCUUGCAUCAUAAUACUUAUAAUUAUGAAUUAAGUGAGGCUUGUGAACUUAGUUUACUGAUGUUAUGGAUAAUCAUAAAAAAGAUAUGUAUAUGUUUGUUUGUUUGUUUGUAUGGUGUAUAUACGUUGCAUGAAACCAGUGGUUAUGCAGCAACGGGACCAAUGGCUUUACGUGACUUCUGAACCACGCCGAGAGUGAACUUCUAUCACCAGAAAUACACAUCUCUCACUCCUCAAUGGAAUGGUCGAGAAUUGUACCCGCGACCACCGAGGUACGACGCUAAUACCAUACCAAGAUAUGUAUAUGACGCAUUAAAAUAUUUCAUAAAUUACCUGUUUAGAAUAUUGAAGUUAUUACCAUUAAUAUUCUUAUGCAGUCUAC